GAUAUUUUGUAUUUUCAGCUAAAAUACAAAUGCAGAUAAGGAAACUGACAGGAAUAUGGAGUCUCCUCCAAAUAAGCUUCCUCUAUGGAUGACCAAAGAGAGUAAAGCAGAUGCAGUGGAUGACAAAAAGAGGCAUCCAGUCCAUCAGAGUGUCCUGGAAGACAACCUUCCUUUCCUAGAAUUCCAUGGUUCCAUUGUCUACAGCUGUAAUGCCAGUGAUUGCUCUUUACUUUCUGAAGAUAUUAUUGCAACCUUGCCCGAUGGAGCUGUCCUGGGAUUUGACAUUGAAUGGACACCAUCCUAUACCAAAGGGAAGGAGGGGAAAAUUGCUUUAAUCCAGCUGUGCGAGUCUGAGAAAAAAUGUUACCUGUUUCACAUUUCAACAAUGUCAAGCUUUCCUGUGGGACUAAAAAUACUGCUUGAAGAUAAACGUAUUAAAAAAGCUGGCGUUGGCAUUGAAGGAGAUAAAUGGAAGCUGAUGCGCGAUUUUGAAAUCCGAUUGGAGGGCAUUGUUGAAUUGGCUGACCUUGCCAAUGAAAAGCUAAAAUGUAAAGAGAUCUGGAGCCUGAACAACCUCGUAAAACAUCUGUUCCACAAACAGCUUCUGAAAGACAAUUUGAUCCGCUGUGGUAAUUGGGAACAAUUUCCGCUCACGGAGGAGCAGAGGCUGUAUGCAGCUACGGAUGCUUAUGCUGGCUUCCUCAUUUUUCAAAAACUGGCAAAUCUGAAAAAUCUUAAGCAAAUGCGGCUUGGUGUAGAAGAAGGAGGUGUACUUUUGCAGAAUGACAUAAAGAAGGAAUUAACUUCUUUAUCAGAAGAGAUGAUGGAUUUGGCUCAUCACCUUCCGGACUCUUCUGAACAACCCAUAAAUGUUCAAAGAGCUGCAGAAAUAUUAACUAGUAUUUCAGAAAACAUUGAGGCCUUAAGAAGAGCGUUGGCUGUUGAGUCCAGUUGCCAGACAGAACUGAAAAAUGUUGCAGAAUCAGGAAGUAAAUAUAGUGAAGAAAUAAAAACAGAAACAGCCGGAUUGGAUUCCAAGACCAUAGGUGAUUUCAGUGACUCCGUAGAUCAUGAAUUAUCCGGUGUCCCAAAAGGAACCAUGAAAGAAGGAGAACUUAAUAUGAAGAAACAAGUAGAUCGCACUUCAGACAGAGGCCCUCAAGAAGCUGCAGAAAGAGACUGCUUAAUGUCACUGGACGUAACUGAGUAUGAACUUCAGAUGUUGGAGCGUCUGGCCCAGGAAGAGCUGCUAAAUGAAGCAACAUAUUUGUCGGAGGAUUUAAGUGUCGUAGAGGAGGAAGAGAAUUCUUUCAACAUUGAAAGUGAUGAUGAAUUGGAAACAGAGAUGGUUAAAUCUUUAGAAGGUGUAGGCAAGCAACCUGAAGGUUGUGCGGCCUCCCGACUGGCUGAAACAAGGAGACCAGAUGAUGCUGUUGCAGACGAUGAAGAUGAAGGCAUUGAGGAGGAAGAAGAAAGCUGGGAUUCCUCCUUACCUGGACCAAAUGAUAAGCAAAUCAGCUGCCUGAAGACCUAUUUUGGCCAUUCAAGUUUUAAACCGGUCCAGUGGAAAGUGAUCUCUUCAGUUUUGCAAGACAGAAGAGAUAACCUCGUUGUUAUGGCAACCGGGUAUGGCAAGAGUUUGUGCUAUCAGUUUCCACCCGUAUACACCGGAGGUACUGGAAUAGUCAUCUGUCCCCUUAUUUCUUUAAUGGAGGACCAGGUACUACAACUCGAGAUGUCAGGAAUUCCAGCUUGCCUUCUUGGGUCAGCACAGUCAAAAAACGUCCGAAAUGAUAUCCGAGCGGGUUGCUACAGAGUUGUCUACAUGACUCCAGAGUUCUGUUUGGGGAACUUGUCGUGGCUUCAGGAACUCGAGCAAUCAAUUGGUUUGACACUAGUAGCUGUCGAUGAAGCUCACUGCAUUUCGGAAUGGGGACACGACUUCAGGAAUUCUUUCAGGUCUUUGGGGUCAUUAAAGAAAACUCUUCCUGAGGUUCCUAUCAUUGCUCUCACUGCAACAGCAAGCCCUUCCAUAAGAGAUGACAUCGUGCAUUGUCUAAUUUUAAAAUCUCCUCAGAUAACAUGUACUAGCUUUGAUCGGCCAAACCUUUACUUAGAAGUUGGACGGAAAACGGGAAAUAUUGUCCAAGAUCUACAGCAGUUUCUUAUUAAAAAAGACAGGUCUACUUAUGAAUUUGAAGGUCCCACUAUUAUUUACUGCCCUUCAAGGAAGAUAACUGAACAGGUAGCCGCAGAGCUGUCAAAACUGAACCUUCCAUGCUGUACAUACCACGCUGGCAUGGGAAUCAAAGCAAGGCGAGACGUCCACCAUAAUUUCAUGAGAGAUGAAAUUCAGUGUGUUGUAGCUACUGUGGCCUUUGGAAUGGGUAUCAAUAAGCCGGACAUCCGGAAAGUGAUUCAUUACGGUGCCCCAAAGGAGAUGGAGUCGUACUACCAGGAAAUUGGAAGGGCUGGUCGCGAUGGGCUUCCGGCCUCUUGCUCCGUGUUGUGGACCUCUGCUGACAUGGCUCUGAACAGGCACCUGCUCAGUGAGAUAUGCAACGAGAGGUUUCGCAUGUACAAAUUCAAGAUGAUGGCCAAGGUCAAUACGUAUCUUAGUUCGACCAGCUGCCGGCGGAAAAUCAUCUUGUCUCAUUUUGAAGACAAACAACUCCGAAAGGCAUCGUCUGGUAUCAUGGGAACAGAAAAAUGUUGCGAUAAUUGCAGAUCCAGGAACAUUUGCUGUACUUAUGAGGUUGACACAGAAGUCAGUUUGCAAGAUUUUGGUCAGCAGGCUUACCUGUUGAUGACAGCAGUAUGUGCCUUAAAUGAGAAGUUUGGCAUGGGAGUUCCAAUCCUGUUUCUCAGAGGAUCUAAUUCUCAACGUCUGCCAGACAGAUUCCGAUCCAAUGCUCUUUUCGGCAGUGGGAGGGACUGGCCGGAGAACUUGUGGAAGGCACUAGGCCGGCGGCUUAUUCUGGAAGGCUUUCUUAAAGAAGUUUCUGGGCAUAGCAAAUUUUCAACCACGUGCAAGCUGACUCAGUUGGGGAGCGACUGGUUUUGUAAAGCUAGAAGCGAAUCUGAGCGAAAGCUUCUGCUUCAACCUGAUGAGGAACUUUACGUAAAGAAGCCUAGCAUCAGUUCUAAACAAACACCUUUAGCUGCAGGACGUCUCUCUGAUGUAUCUAAACUGAUGCCAGAAAAACAGAAGACGUCUUUGCACGAAAUGUUCUCCUAUCGAGAAGCAAGUAAAAUCUCUAGAGGGAGAGCGCUUCCAAAUACAAGUAGUGCCAUAGUGCAGACAUCGGCUAAAUUGCUACCUGUGUGCUGGACCCCUACAGAACCUGUUAUAUCUCCAAGGGAGAAGGAAUUACAGACGGUUCUCUAUGGCAAGUUAGUGGCAGCUAGGCAAAAACUAAGCAGUGAGAAGGACAUCCCUCCGGCCAUUUUAGCAACGAACAAAGUACUGGUAGAUUUGGCCCUGAUAAGGCCUACGACUUUAGAAAAUGUGAAGAGAGUUGAUGGCAUUUCUGAAGCCAAGUCCACCAUGUUGGUUCCGCUUCUGAGCACAAUCAAGGAGUUCUGUCAAGCCAAUAAUCUCCAGUCAGACAUCUUCAAGUCUUACGAAUCCAGGGCUCAACCUCAAAUUGUACCUCAGCCGGAAGCUGGACGCAGCACUUUAACACAAUCAGAGCACAUAACAUACAUGCUUUUCCAGGAAAAGAAAAUGUCAUUGAGGAGUAUAAGUGAGAAGCGGUCUUUACCUCUUACAGUGAUUGGCACUCAUUUAUUCCAAGCUCUGAAAGCGGGCCACCCAGUAGAUUUAGAACGGGCAGGUUUGACUCCUGAGAUACAAGAGCUGAUCAUGAAAGUCAUCCAAAGCCCUCCCAUCAAUUCAGAUGUCACAAGAAUGAAAGACAUUAGAGCUUUAGUGCCCGCAAAGAUUGAACUGUAUCUUAUAAGGAUGACCAUUGUGAUUCUGGAGGGUGGGCACAGGAGUCAGUUGCUGGUACCCCAAACAGAUUCAGAGAAACAAAGGCUGCCUCAAGAAUCAAUAUGGCUGCCGUCAAGGAUGAGAUCAGCACAGAAGAAUGAAGAGAAGAUUGCAUGGAUUGAAGCCAAGGGGGAUUCUGUUAAGCCAACUACACACAAGCCUAGUUCUGGCUCCUGUGAAAGUAUAAAGCAAGAUCUCUCCUCUUUAGACUCUCCAUCUUGGGCAAAGAGCAGCAGCAAAGAGCCAUUCCCUGACGUCAAGCAGGAAGUCCAGAGCCAUCAGAGUUCUAUCAGAUUAGCAUCAUGGAAUCAGCCUUCACUCAACCCCGAGGAGGAAGACCUCUUUACAGAUUCCCAGUCACAGGUCUUAAGUCAGCCUUCAAAAAGGAAGUUACCAGAAUGGUUUGGAACUUCGCAAAGAAUUGUUUCUCAUGUUAAAACUUCCAAAAAAUCUAAGGGAGGAGGAAGCCAAGGUCUUUUUGGCUGAACUUGAAAAUAUAUAUGUAUAUAUCUAAUCCUGAAGGCUUUGCUGUUCAUUUAGUUACUUCUUUUAGUCAUAACUAAAACAAGCUGAGCAAUGUAUGGAUACUCCAUGUUUAAAAAACAAAAUGCUGAAGGACAGCUCCUCAUUCUUUAACUUCAUUCCUACACAAGACUUCUCAAGAGCCCAGGCACUGAAAGCCGACAAAAAGAAAUGGGUGGUUUAAACCAGAUUGUUUGUUGCUGUGAACUUAUUCCUUUCACUGAAUGCACUGAAGAAUUUCCAUGUAAAUAUAGCAGGGACAUGCUCUGAAUACACAUCUGAGAUGAAUGCACAUAACCAGCCAGUCUUCCUCAGCUACACUACAGAUAUCAGUAAGACCACUGCAGUAUAAAGUCGACCAAUUCCUGUAUUCCUUAUGUUAAUUGCCGUUUCUAUAUGUAUUAGUCAUAUGGAUGACCUGACGAGAUAUUGUAUCUGUAAUCACUUUUCUUUCGUUAUUGAUAACAUUUUUCUUUACUUUCAGUGAAUUUUGGCACUUCCUUAUGAAUUUAAAUUGGUUUAAAAUGAAAA